AUGGAAACUGGCGCACAGCUCAACCGUGAAGAGAUCGUAAAACGAGUAAUGAAAGAGCAGCCGUUUUUGACAAAAUUCUUCGCGUUGGAGCUGGCUUCCGAGGAACAAAUUAAAAAAGUCGAAACCGAGGCAGGUUCGGAACAAUUUGAGCGGAUUAUGUGCGAUACGAACAAUAAGAACAUACAAACGGAACUUCAAAUAGGUACAAUUUUUGGAGCAUCGCAUGAGGAGAAAGUGAAAGAUGUAGGUGUUAGAUAA